CAGAGAUGACGCGCCUGACCAACAACUGACGGCCUGACGGUCCGAUGAGCGGCCGAAAUCAAUAGAUCCAAACAAAAUUUACGUCGGCUAACGGAAGCCUGAACACAUGGUUCUGUAAUGCGCAUUCCAUUGCCUGACCCUCCCUCUUUAUCAUGUCGUUCGUGACGUCUCGGUUCAUUUUCGUAUUUCUUCUGGUCCUGAACGCGGUUCUUCUAUCACGGAGUCGCUACGGCCAAGUAUCAGAUGUGUCACUGCUUCACGGGGAGAACAGUUUGGUCAAGCGCAUUUCGUUGGAAUUUAGGAAUCUACAGGUCUUAGCAGACGAACCACUGGCGAACGAGUGUCGCCCAAUUGCGUUUCCUCCCAACCUUCAGUGCAGCCAUGUCGAGACCCAAUGCCCAAGCCCCGGAACAUUUCUUUCCAUCAACUAUCUCCGGGAUUACUUUUGCACAAAGCCUCAAUUACGGCCGCUCGUUUUCGUAGGCCUUAUUGUUUGGCUCAUCUUUCUGUUCUCGACCCUCGGCAUCAGUGCCUCAGAUUUCUUCACGCCAAAUCUUGCUACCAUCGCCCAGUUGCUGGGACUUGACGAGAACGUUGCUGGAGUAACGUUUUUAGCAUUUGGGAAUGGUAGUCCGGAUGUCUUCUCCACGUUUUCAGCAAUGCGAGCCAACUCCGGAAGCCUCGCCAUCGGGGAGUUGCUAGGCGCCGCGUCCUUCAUCGUCUCGUGCGUUGUGGGGUCUAUGUGUAUCAUCAAGCCGUUUGAGGUAAACCGGGGGCAUUUCUUACGUGAUGUGGGAUUCUUUACUGUUGCGGUUAGCCUUCUCUUGGCCAUCCUGUGGGAUGGCCAAAUCCGGCCAUGGGAGGCAGCAAUCAUGAUUGUUUUGUAUGUCAUCUAUGUCGUCUAUGUCGUCGUCGGAACGUGGUGGGGACGGAGGCGUAGUAUGCAAAGACUAAACGAAACCUUGGCACGUUCAGAGUACGCAGACGAUGAGACACUGCAACAAGAGCCUUACAGGGACGACCCUUCUUCAUCGCCACCGAGGAUAUCACUUCCGGUACCGCCGUCUCAACGAGUUCGCGCUAUAUCCGCCCCUGGCCCUCUGCGACUACAAACCAACCUUCCUCCAAGACCGCAUUCCCGCUCACCAUCACCAUCCUCUUCAUAUAGUCAUACACAUAUGCCAUCAUUCUCCUUAGUCGGCGCUCUCGAGUUUCGCCAAGUAGUGACGUCGCUUCGCCAUGAGGCAGCCAGUUCAUCCUUGAACAUGUUUGAAAGUCAGACGCCCUAUGCCGGGGGUCAUUAUUAUUCCCACUCUCGGUCGCGUCCUCGCACACCUAUUAGAGAGAUUGAUCAAUGGGAUACCACCCAAGGACUACCUUUGAACGAACGUCCACCCCAGCUUCUUGUGACGCCAGCCACUGAGGAAGCUGAGGAGAUUCAUGAACAUGGGCGUUACUUGGACAAUGCCUCUCCCUCAACAAUGACGGCAUCACUCCCAUCCAUCGGGCAAACGAUAUCUGAUACCGAGACGGACUCGCAGACGUAUGUUCCGCCAUCUCCGCAUGGCAUGUUUUAUAUCCUAGGAGAGAUCUAUCAUACCCUAUUUCCAUCCCUGCAUCGUUUCCGCAGCCAGAGUGUGCUCGGAAAGGUUGCGUCCGUUUUUGCAGCUCCUGCGGUCAUGGUGUUGACAUUGACGUUACCUGUUGUCGUAACGCCUUAUGGUCACUCGCAUCAUUCCUUGGAAAAGACACUAGGAAGUGACCGCGAUCUAAUCGGCUUUGAGGAAGAAGGGAUCGAGCGAGUGUUGAUUGCCGAAGAGGAAGUACAGGAAGAUAUGCACGGCGUCACGUUCAACAAGUGGCUCACAGCUGCUCAGUGUGUCCUGGGGCCAUUGUUCUGUGUUGGUGUGCUUUUCAGCGGAACUUCCCAGCUUCCAUGGCUAUUACUUGCUGCAGGUAUUACUGGCUUCGCAGCGGCCAUCUUGGUGGCUGUUUUCGCGGAGAAGGGAGAGCACCCAACGUUUCGAAUGACACGCUGUUCUAUGGGCUUCUUUGUUGCUGUAGUGUGGAUAAUGGCCAUCGCUGAUGAAGUUGUCAACGUCUUACAGACUUUUGGCUUUCUUUUUGGGCUAUCAGAUGCCAUCAUCGGUUUGACCAUCUUUGCUGUGGGCAAUUCACUGGCUGAUCUGGUGGCCAAUAUGAGUGUAGCCGUCUUUGCCCCCAUCAUGGGCUUCUCGGCAUGUUUUGGUGGACCGAUGUUGAACAUCCUCCUUGGCGUAGGUAUCUCCGGGAUGUAUAUAACGACCCAUACAUCGGAGCCCUACAAGCUAAAUUUUGGAACCACGCUCUUUGUGUGUACAGUAGGACUGAUAGCGUUGUUGGUGACGACACUCAUCGUAGUGCCGUAUAACGGCUAUGUUCUAUCUCGGCCGUGGGGCAUAUUUCUGAUACUCUCUUACAUGGCUAUCAUGGUUAUCAACGUUGUUGUUGAGCUGGAAGGGUGAUUUCAGCACUGCUCUAUCUACGUGCAUUAUGUAUAUUAUCAAGCUAAUGGAGGGAUCUUUCGUAUACGGUACUUAAUUAUAUACACAGCUUUAUAACAGCAUUGCAUUGCAUCAGUGAUGC